AUGAAUAUUCGUUUUGUCCGGAUUUUGUCUGUUUGGGAUGGCAAUGGGUGGCAAAACGGACAUACAUGUCCGGGUUUAGUUGGAUACGCCCAACACGCAGACCAACCCCAAAACGUCCGCCUCGGCCGCGCACCUCACCCGUCCACGCCACGCCCGCGCUCUCGCUCCGCCGGUGCAGCCGCCGCUGCCGGGCUCGCCCGCGCCUCCGCUGCAGGCUCCGUGCGCCCGCCUCGCCGCCCACCGUCGCGCCCUCGCCCGCGCCGCGGCCAACUCCUCGCCGCUCGCCGCCCCGUCCACGCCCACGCCGCCUCGCCGCCGCCUAGGCAUCUGCCACGCACGAGCUCGCCCGCCGCCCGCACGCCCCGCCCCGCCCGGCCAGCUCGCUCGCCGCGCGCCCGCCACGCCCCGCCCCGCCCGCUCGCCCCCGCGCCGCGCGCCGCGCACCCCGCCCCGCCCCGUGAGCCGCGCCCCACCCCGCGCACACCGCCCCGCGCCGCGCCGCGCCCCUCGCGCCCCGCACCGCCCCGCCCCACACCGCACCGCACCGCGCGCCGCGCCCCGCACCCCGCCCCGCCCGGCCAGCUCACCGCGCCUCGCGCCCCGCGCGCCGCGCCCCCCACCCCGCCCCGUGCGCCCGUCUGCUCGCCUCGCCCGGUCCGCGCUCGCCUGCCCGUGGCCUCGCCUGCUCGCCGUGCCGCGCUCCCACGCGCCACGCCUGCUCGCGUGCUCGCCACGCCGCCGGUUGCGCCGAGGAGCUACUGCGUGCCGCGGCGGUGCAUGCAGUAG